AGCAUUUCUUUCACGUACGGCCACAGUCAGCUGAAAACUGGGCAUCCCGUCCGCUCUGCCAUACAUAAGCAGUUGAACGGCAGAUUAGUACUACGGUGGGUGACCACGUGGGAAUUCCUACUGCUGUACGUUUUGUUUUUUUUCCUACCUUCUCCUGCUUGCUUAAUCUUUGCUUUGUCUUCACUUGUGCCAACUGUAAGUAAAUUUCUCUGUCUCACAUCUUUCAAAGCAAGAAAGCUAGCCGAAGUCAUGAAUAUCUUGCAUUUUUGA